UCGACGCCGGUUAACUCGAGAAGGUAUCACCGGAGAAGACAGAUGGCGAGAUCGUGCUCUAUAUGGACGCCUGUUUUAUUCUCACCUUCUCCGGUAACCGGAGAGCCAGCUAAAUAUUCCCGGAGACGGGUGAUUUUAGCCACAAGCGUAGGCUCUCCUCAGCCUUUACUUGAAGCAAACAUUAAGGAACAUAAGAAGCUUCAAGUCCUUGAUUCCAAUGAUGUUUCCAGAAGAAAGACGAUGCUCUAUCUAGCGGCUGGAGUUCUGGGAGGGAUCAGCUUUCUCCAUGGCGAAACCGCGGAAGCUCGAGUAGGGAGAAAAGAGAACAGGAGAAAAGCUUUAGAGAAGCUGAGAGGGAAAGCCAAAGAGUCUGAGCCCAAGUCAGGAGACAAUAAGAAAGAGAAAGAGUUAGACACUGAACAACUCUUUCCUCUUCUUCCUUCACCUCUCCAACAACAAGCUCUUGGACCUGUGGUUGAAGCAAACUUGCUGCAAUAAGACUCUCUCUGUUGAUGCCUUUGUUACUCUACAAAGUGUGAGAGAGAAUCUCAAUAGCUUCCAUUUCAUCAUCCAACCAAAUGACACUACAUGAUGUUUCUCUGAUUCCUAUUACAAAAACAAAGAAGAAAAAAGUGAAGAACUAUUA